CUAACAGUUGCUCGGACAGCUGACGCUUGGCAUGCUAACCCUGCAGCUAGUUGAUGGAUCACAGUCAGACUUUUUGUUUUUUAUUGACUUCAUCGUCUUGAUGUGUGCUUGGUGCUUGUACUUGCAACCCGGGACCAUCCGCAGGAACCGUGGGGAUAUCACAACCAAGCCGCCUCUGGGAACUAACAUGUUGAAACCACCCUGCCUGGUCAUCUGAGGGACUCGAACCUGCUGCGUGAAGGACAAAUGGUUGAAAAAAAGUUUACAGUGAAAAAUUCCUGAUUUUUCAGCCGGCAUCUGCCCGGUUGGGAUGGCUCUGUGUCAAGAGGCAGCCAUGGAGGACUGUACAGGAUUCAGCGCUGGAAUCAUGACGCAGAUAAAAGGGUAGGGACACCUGUGAGCUCGCCUCCCCCUACCCAACCACCCGCCUCCCCCAAGUAGAGUCCUCCACUGAAGCCACCCUGCCCACCUCUGCCACGGCAUUAGGAGACAAACAUGAUGUCUGUUGCAAAGACUUUGGUGGAUGUCUGAUAGAAGUACCUGUGAGGUGUCGUGUGCAAAUCCAGUGGAGCCAUGAAUGGCGGAAAGGACUGUGAAGCGGCAGAUGAGAGACCAACUGUCCCUGUCCAAGUCCCCAUUGGCUGGCAGCGCAAGUGGGAGCAUGGCGGUGGCGUCAUAUAUAUCAGUCCCAGUGGCUCAGUGCUGUCCAGCUUGGAGCAGGUGAAGACCUACCUUCUGACGGAUGGAACCUGCAAAUGUGGUCUGGAGUGUCCACUCGUCCUCCAAAAGGUGUUCAACUUUGACCGGGGGGCAGUGGUCAAACAGAGGACAACAGAGGACGUGAAAGCAGACGAGGAUGUCACCAAACUCUGCAUUCACAAGAGGAAACUUCUGGCUGUGGCUACGUUGCACAAGAGCAUGGAGAGUCACCCGCCUCUCACACUCACAAGUCCCGGUGGAGGUACGUCAUCUGUGGUCACGUCUCAUCCCACAACUCAUCGAGCAAUAAGGACUAAACCCCACGAUGGCCUGGUCAAUGUUGCCGGUCCAGACUGCAAGAAUGCGUACAAGAUGAUGAUGGCAGCUGGUCCCCAACAUCAGCUGUAUCCACCCAAGGACAUAGGUGGAGGCCAGCAGCCAGAGCUCUGCUCUGGGUACUCCAGGCCACAGAGGCUGCCCAGCUGUGAGCCAGGUCCAAAAUCCCCUUACAGAGCUGGUUAUGGAGUUAUGUUGAGCCCACCUGUAUCCAGCACUAAGUUAUGUGGAGAUGGCUCACAUUCGCCCUGUACAGAAACAUUGUCCAGCCCAGAGGGCUAUCCAAGAUCCAAUCAUUGUGGAUUUUCUGGAGCUGGCAGUCCCAGCUCAGCUUCCAUUUAUGGAAACUCCAGAACUCCUCUUUCUCCACCUAGCAUGAUGCUCCAUGGCUCCCCUGCGAGUCAAGCAUCCUGUGCCAUGACAGGAAGGACUAGCACACCACUCUCACCCACAGUCACUGCCAAAAGCCCUGUCAUGAACAUGAACAUGUCACGUGGUAACUUCCCCUCUGGUAUGGAUAUGCCUAAUGCUGCGUUCCUCCAUAAAGUACAGCCUUCUGUCCAUCCUGUACCACCACCUCCGUCUGUGCCACCACCAUGUGUCCUGCAAAAAAGACAGUUAACAUCUGAAAAAGACCCGUUAGGUAUACUGGACCCCAUCCCUAGCAAGCCAGUCAGUCAACCCCCAACCAACACCCCAAAUUUCCAACCUAACAUCCACACUCAGGUAUCCAUGAUGAAUGUAAACAUACCCCCUCCUGCCAUUGUCCCCUUGCCAAGCAACUUACCUUUGCCCACGGUAAAGCCUGGGCCGGUAGGCCAUGGUGGCCACAUACAAAGGACUCAGCAAAGCGGCCCAACUUCCUCUAUGUCACCGUCCCCAGUGACAUCCCCUGUUCACAUAGCAGGGUCCACUCUUCGGGUGGAAGCAUCCCCCCAUCGCUCACGCUCCUCUUCCACCUCUUCUGACCAUGGAAACUUCGCAAUGCCAUCAGGGCAUCAGGCUCCUAGUGGCAACAUGAAGGUUCCCCCUCGAUCCCCCAGAUCUGCAAUGGGUUCUCCCAGGCCAGCUAUGCCAUCCAGUCCCUCCACUAUCAAAAAUGACUCACUUCACCAAUACAGAGACCCCCAGUUGCUUUCUGGAAUGGGAAAUUCAGUUGGUACCCAGCAGCAAAACUCUACUUACUCUCCUAACUCUUCUUCCUCUUCCUCUUUGCCCACCCCUAGCGCUUCCCAGAAGGGCCACCCAGGACUCCUCGGAAUGCCUCUAAACCAGAUUCUAAACCAACAGAACGCUGCCUCCUUCCCAGCCAGCAGUCUCUUGUCAGCAGCAGCCAAAGCACAGCUCGCAAAUCAAAACAAACACAGCACUGCUAGUGUGGCUGCUGCUGUUGGUAUGCUAGGUGGAGAAACAGGUGGUGGAGGUAACGGAGGAGGUGGCGGGCAUCCUGGCUCAAUCAGCGGCCCUUGUGGCAUGGAUGGACAUAGCACUUCAAAUCCCAUGCUCCCACCAAACUCCACCAUGCUAUUGAGCUGCCCUGAGGGUCAAAGUGGUCGAGCAGCACUAAGGGACAAGCUGAUGGCCCAGCAGAGGGACCCCAUACGCAAAAGAAAGCAGUCAUCGGGUAGUACAUCUGUUGGCCAUGAUAGCAGCAGCAACAACAACAACAUGGUUUAUAACAUGCUGAACAAACCUAACAUGGCAGGAUCUCACUUGCCAGCUCCCAGUGCAGAGCAGAUGCGAAAGGUUGUCCGUCUAGGAAACCUUCCGCCAAACACCUCCAUGGCCCAGCUCCUCCAGUCCAUGAGCAGCCAGAGUUCCCACAACAUGGCUGGUAACAACCACCCUCCUGGCCUCAGCUCAGGACCAUCUCCUUUAGGAGCUACGCAGCUCCAUUACAGUGAGUCCACAUCCAAGGUCCCCUGCAGCCCCCAGCAGAACUUUAUUGGCCAGCAGAGGCUUCGAGUCCCAGCAGAAGUCAUGCAGCACUGUCAUAACGCGGAUGCUCCUGGAGGUCACCUAGGCUCUCGGCUAGGCCAUUUCCCUGACAUGAUGGCCCAGAUUCAGGCUACAGGCUGUGCGCCUGUGGUUACAGGCGGUGGACUUGUUGGUCCCAAUGGCAUGCCACAUGGACGCCCCAACACUAAUCCCCCACCACUAUCUCAUACUGGGCCUCACCCCUCGCAGCAUAAUCUCCAUCAUGUUGGAGGGCGUCCUAACAUGGUGCUGAUGCCGAGUGGAGAUGGAAGCUAUACAAAGAACAUUUCUGACACAGGAAACCCUUCUAUUGGCCUCAGUGCAGGCAGCAUGCAGUCUCACAUCAAUACUGGUGGACGACAGAUGUACCAGAAGCAGCUUCACCAGGUCAUGCAGCAGGGCGGGGCCUCCCAUGGGACCUCCCACCCAGCCUACCAGGGUCAGCAGCACUUUACUGAAGCCCCACCUUAUGCAGACAACAGCCACGCUAAUGUUGACUCAAUGGUGUGCCACUACCAGAAUUACCAGCAGGGGAUGGUGCCGCAUCCUCAGUUUAGCGAGGGGCAACCACGCCAGGGCGAAGGAUUGCGAACAGGAACACUCGGGUCUGACAGAGGACCCGGCAGAGGUUCGGAGUCUGUGGAUGCCAUCUAUAAAGCUGUAGUGGAUGCCGCCAGUAAAGGGAUGCACGUCACCAUCACCACCACAGUAAGUGGGACCACACAGUCGAGCCCCGUGCCUGCCCUCAGCGCCAUGAGUGCCUUCACUGCCUCCAUUGGGGAGCCUGUCAAUCUCCCCCAGGUGGUCAGUGCAGUUCUGCAUGGGGAAGGGGACAUUUUACCUCAACAAGCCAGAACACGGCAGGUGCGCCCAGUUGGAGGCCAGAAGAAUAUGGAUCUCGGGAAGAGAACGCCAGACCGGCCAGAUGCCAAGGACUACUUCCGGUCCCAUGGCUGUGGAACUCCCAGAGUGCAGUGGGAGGGGGAAAUUCAUCAUGGUGGCAGCUUCGACACACGCAGCAACAACAGCGUCUGGGGUAGUGAGGAGUUCCUGGAGUGCUCCACCCAGGUGAGGAGUAGUCCCUGCAUGGAGCGACCCACAAGCUUACCGCCCGGCCCACCCUGCCCUAUCGACGGCUCCAUUGACCACAAUGUGGCCUUGGGUCACGGCAAGACCUUUCUCGACGAUAAUUACCGCUUUAACAACUGCAACCGGACACACAGCAACUACAAGGAGCGUCUUGAGCAGACGGUGGAGCGUUGUGUUCACAUCAAUGGCACAACCUCGCUCUUCAACACCCGGGGUUAUGGAGACGUUUUUGGGCCGCCUCGACAGGAACUUACAGGUGAUGACCAGUCUCCCAGCUCGUCCACGAGCUUGGAAGGACCUCUAGCCAGCGCCAAAGACUACAGCCACUAUAACGGCCAGUUCAACGGGAUGGCGCCCAGCCCCUCGGACACCAAGAGCCUGAGUAGCGAGGAAGACCUGCGGCAGCCGGACUCACCUUCCUCAGAGCUGCUUCACUACCGGUCCAGAACCUUCAAUAUGGGAGAACUGGUGUGGGGCCAGUUGAAAGGCUUCCCACCCUGGCCAGCCAAGCUGGCAGGGGAUGAACAGAUGCACAACGCUGCCAUGCAACUGCGGGAGCAGGCCAAGAUGGAGCCGGAGAAGCUAAAAACUUUAACACAUGAUUUGGAGGCACUUGACCGAGCAGCCAAAAGAGGCCUAAAGCCGGGGAAACUGAAUAAUCACUUGGAAGCUGCUAUCCACGAGGCCAUGAGUGAGCUGGAUAAGAUGUCGACUGUGAGUCCAAUAAGUGAACACCUGUGUUGCCUUUCAUUCGCCCACAUUCAUGUUCUUCUCCGCCACCAGAUCCCGCCAAGAGAUAGGCCAAUGAAGGCGCCUAAGCCCAAGAGGAGGAAGAUCUCCAGAUAACAAUGAUUGUGUUGUGGUCCUCAAAACCUCCGGAGGUGCCUCGCUGACGUCUGAGCUGUCCCAGGUGCUACACAUGGACGCCGCGUGUUCCCUCGCCCCUCCAUGACAUCAUCGACUUGACUCACUGACUCAAGGUGCUGGAACUUCCAAUCACCGGUGCAGUUUUAACUGUAGAAAGUGAACAAAUUGAGAGAACCAUCGUGAAAAGGUUGCAAUUGAUCUACAGCUCACUGAACUAUUUUUUUUUUUUUUUUUUUGUAUAAAAUAGUAAAAACAGAAAAAAACCUGAGCAUUACCUUACAUAUUUAAGAAAAAUAGACAGUCCAAAUAUUUCUGAUACAUUUUCAUUAUGUAAAUAGGUAAUCCUGAAAUGUAAAAUUAUGAAGAAAUGUAUGUAAAUAUUGUAAAUGUAAUGUACAAGCGUACUUAAUGCACAUUUUAUCUUUUGUUGUACAAAAACAAAGCAGAAGUGUACCAAUGUCUUGGUUUCUAUUCAGACGUGCGAUUGCAUAGGACCGCACGUGAGCGAUAAAUACUGAAAACGGCUUUUAUAUGACAAACAGUAAGACGGUUGCUUUGAGUUUGUUUUUGUACACGUGCAGCAGAAAAACGUUCUCAGUUACUUCUUACCAGAAAGUGUUCAUUGGAAAAAAAAAAAAAGACAGAAUGAACUUUACCAGCAGAGAGUGUUCAUGUUGGUAAAUCUUCAUCGCAGAGCAUACAAUUGCCAUCGUCAUUGUGAUGACAUUGAUUUGUUUUGCAUUUUGGAUUUGUUUUUUUUGGUUUGGUUUGGUUGAAUUCCACAAAUUGUUAGAAGAACCCAAGCUGGAAAAGCUUAGCAGGUUGUUCCAUCAUUUAGAACCUUUGUCAGACCCUCCAGGAUUUUGUGACGUUGCAAUCGUGCCAAUUCAACCAAUCCCCUCUAAUAAUUUGCAGCCUCUCAAAUUUGUCAAAUUCCCGCAGUUUCUCUGCACCUUUUGGCUAAUCGAUCGAACAAAUGUGCGCCUGCGAUUGCCCCGCUUGCUCCACCCAUAUCCUCACGUCCUUGUUUACGUUGACAGAUAUCCAUGUGUCAUCUGUUAUCGGCUUUCAUUUAGCAACACAAAUCACCACUUGAAAUCGCUUUCAACAGUUACCCAAUGUUCUCAAUAAGUUUACCCCCAAACAAAUGUUUAUGAUCGAUAAGCACUUUUUAACUGGCAACAUUGGCAUAACUCAUCUUUCAAAAUAAAAGCACGCCAGGAAAAUAACAGUUGCACAACAGUCAAAUAUUUCAAAAUAGCAGCAGAUGGAACACGUAACAGCCAGCAAAUGUGUUGCCAGUAGAAAGAUUGUGGUCCUGUAAAGCAGUGAUUCUCAACCUUUUUUCAGUGAUGUACCCCCUGUGAAAUUGUUUUUAAUUCAAGUACCCCCUAAUCAGAGCAAAGCAUUUUUGGUUGAAAAAAAAAGAGAUAAAGAAGUAAAAUGCAGCACUGUGUCAUCAGUUUCUGAUUUAUUAAAUUGUAUAACAGUGCAAAAUAUUGCUUAUUUGUAGUGGUCUUUCUUGAACUAUUUGGAAAAAAAGAUGUAAAAAAAAAAUAAAAACUUGUUGAAAAAUAAACAAGUGAUUCAAAUAUAAAUAAAUAUUUCUACACAUAGAAGUAAUCAUCAACUUAAAGUGCCCUCUAUGGGGAUUGUAAUAGAGAUCCAUCUGGAUUCAUCAACUUAAUUCCAAACAUUUCUUCACAAAAAAAGAAAUCUUUAACAUCAAUAUUUAUGGAACAUGUCCACAAACAAAUCUAGCUGUCAACACUGAAUAUUGCAUUGUUGCAUUUCUUUCACAGUUUAUGAACUUACAUUCAUAUUUUGUUGAAGUAUUAUUCAAUAAAUAUAUUUAUAAAGGAUUUUUGAACUGUUGAUAUUUUUAGAAUAUUUAAAAAAAAUUUACAUACCCCUUGGCAUACCUUCAAGUACCCCCAGGGGUACGCAUACCCCCAUUUGAGAACCACUGCUGUAAAGCACACAAACAUUAUAAGAUGUGCAGUAGCUGACUGAAGCUGAGCAGUAUGCCUGCUUUACCAACUUACUCACUGAGAUAACAAUUCCCCCUGGUGGUAAAAUGGAGGUACAACUCUCAAAAUAAAUGCUUAUUUGUCAAAUUAUGGCGGCUCUUCAAUAAAUAUGCAAUACUUAAAGUGACCAUGUGACUCAGUUACAUAGAACACUUAAACCCUCGGUUAAAAAGCAGUGCAGCCGCUACCUCCCAAUAAUAAAGUAUCUUUAAAAACAUAUUUUGAAUCCAAACUGUGAUCCUGAUCACCCCCAAAAUGGAAUCGCUUAUUCCUUAUCCAAUUUCUGGUAUUUCCUGAAAGUUGGAACACAAAAUUUUUGAGCUAUGGUUUUAACUGACAGACAGACAAACCCCAACCAAUCAAGGGAUAACUGAAACUACUUGGUUUUGUUUGUCUGUUGCUUCUAAACAGGCUAUAAGAGGGUUCACUCUUUGCAUCGCUCGUAGCACUUGGGCGUGUUUCUUUUCUAGAGGCCUGAAAUCUAAACGGAGUGAACCCUUUUGUUAGUUUUCCACUCUUUGUCUCAAUGGGUGGAGGCGGGGACGUUAGAAGACACACAGAAAAGUUCAGCCUUGUAAUGUAAACAUAAGGUAACAUAGUAGAAAUAAUCAGGAUCACCCUAAAACGUAAUCAUGGGUCCCUUAACAGAAUAGAAUAGAAUAGAUCUUUAUUUUCAUUGUACAACAAAAUCGUAAGCAAAAACUAAUUUAGUGCAAAUUCAUAAUAAUACAUAAAAAUAGCAAGCACACAACUCACAUUCUUGUUCUGUGUUCAGCGACACUAUUGUUCUCGGGUAAAAGGUGUUCUUAAAUCUGUUUGUCCGGCAUUUUAUCGUCCUCUAUCGCCUCCAUAUCUCCAUUAACCUUCAUUUAUGUAAUUUCCUAAAAGUCUCGUCAAAAUCCACCCAUAACUUUUUGACGAUUGUCGCUAAAUAACUGUAACUUGACGAUUACAUGCAGACAUGGAUACAUUUGUAGCCAUCCUCUCUGAAAGAAAGAAAAAUGGGAAAACACAUAAUGGUUACACAAAAACUAGAAACUGACGUAAGUAGUUGCUUCAAAAAAUUGAAAUUUCAAAAACAAAAAUUAACAAGCUACAAUGUCUCAUCAGCUUCAUGUUCACUGAUGCCUAAAUGAAGCAUUGAUAACCUUUAAAAAAUAGGAUUAUCAAGGCAUUUUGGAGUAAAAGUAAAAGCUUGGUCUCAGUGGCAGGUUAAGAGUCCUCCAAUUGGACACUGACCAAAAACACUGAAGAAUGCCUAAGGGUCAAAAAAGUCCUGUCAUUUUUGUGCGUCUUUCCUUCUUUGGCAUAAACCCACCAAUAAUUUCAAGCACGUGUGUAACAACUUCGCAAAAUCACAAUCCUAUGUAAUGGACUUGAGAGAAAUGGGUCUUAAAGCCGCGCAAAAUCUGGCGUUUUAGGCUGCAACAUUUACAAAAAUUCCUGUGAAAUCCUGGAGGGUUCUUGCUUUUUUUGUCAUUGGAAUGUCAUCUUUUUUCCCCUUCGUGACUGUCAUGUCGUCAGUUGACGUUAAGAUGAUCAAGAGUGACGCUCCAGAGGGGUGAACCAUUCUCACAUUUUAGAGGCCUUCUGUUUUGUCUUUUAUUUUGUGCUUGUUGUAAAUUAUUUCUGUACAGUUCUUCAUAUUUAUUUUAAGCUUUACAAAUGUGCUAGAUGGCAAUAACACUACCAAGAGUUGAAAACUCAAGCCUUAUAUAUGUAUAUGUAUGUUUUGUUUUAACAGAAGACCAGAUUACUUAUUCAGUCAUCGGGGCAUAUUUCCCUUUUUAUUUAAGAACUUAACAGAAAACACUUUGACAGCGAGGCUACUUGUUUUUGUUCCACAAUGUCUUAUUUAUGAAAGUGCUCCUGUGAGAAGGCGGGACCGCUGCCUAUGUUGGUAAUAAAUGACGUUUUUACACUA